GAGCUUCGGAGUUGUCGUCGUCGUCGUCCUCGUUGUGUUGUGUGCGCUGCCCGUUAGUGGAAGAUGGAAUUUCUGAAACUCUUCCGACACUCUGGAAUACCUGCAAUACAUGCAGAACGCUUCAUAGCGAAAAUUUAAGCCUUUUGACAUUGAGUUGGAUUUACUUUCUUCAUGGCGACUCGACGAUCCCGGAUCAAGGCAGUGGCAAACCUUCCUGCUCGCCGAAAUCGUCCAGUGGGGUUGAUCGAUGUCAAAAAAGAAGAUUUGGUAUCUACUGAGGCCGAUGAAUUGUCGAGUACACCCAAAGUUCCUGGAAGUUCACAUUCACCCAAGAAACUUCAGGCAGCAGUUGGAGAUGGGGGUCAGUCAGGGAAGGAAGGCUCUCUGGAUUCCCUUCUUCCAUCAUGUGAUUCAUCACAAGCUGCAAUCUCCCAUGGCAACAAAAAAGUUACUUCUGUUGAGGAUGCUGAAGAAUUGCAAUCAGCUCCAGACAGAAGAUCAGUGAUAGUGUCUGAUCGGAAAUCUGUAAUUGUGAAUAGAGAUGAUUGCAUCAGCCCAACUAAGUCUACGUCAAAAGAAAUUUUGUGUAAAACUGAUGCUGAAAAGGUUUGCCCAAAUUCUCAAAAGGAUUCUAAAAAACAGCCUGAAGAUGAUCUCAAAAUGCAACCUGUCAAACCACAUGAUGUUGAAGGUCAAGUCACUAAUUCAAGUAUUGAUACGAAUACAUGUCAAAUCAAACAGUCUGAAAUAGGAGCAUCUUCAUCUGCUGAAGAUAAUACCACUGCUUCCAACAAACGCUUGCCUCUUAGAAAUCGGCGAUCAAAACCUGCAGUGAAUCUAACUGCUGCUGUACGAAAGCGUUCGGCUAAUGAAAUUGUUGCAUCCCCAUGCUCUCCACCUCCUGUCAAAUUGAAAAGUCCAGAGCCUGCAUUGUGUCGUAUCAAUGAAAACUCCUCAAUUAUUACUAAUACAGAUGACACUCCUGACCAAAGUCAAGCAUCAGACAAAAAUAGGAUAUCAUCCUCUGAAAUUUCAGGACAAAGUCCUGCCACCUUGUCCUCCCCACCUGUAACAGUGUCAAGACCAUCGGAUAAUACAAGUGGAGUGUUCAAGACUCCUGUCGCACCUUUAUCAAAGAACAAAGAUGCCUCAAAUGAUAAUACAAACAAAGGGGAUAUUGCACUGGUUGGUCCUCAAAAAGAGUCAAGCAAUGUGAAGAAAAAGCCAUCAUCUAAUGCUCAAAGAGUAGCCACUGCUCGCAAGAAUUUGAAAAAUCGUAUUGACACUGAUGGUACUCCUCCAAGAUCAGCGUUAACAAUGUUUGAUCUAAUUUUUUAUAAUCCAUCUAAGAACCCCAUGAAAUCGGUGGGUACUCCAUCAAAUAAAUCUCGACGAAGGCUAAAUUCAGUAUCAAGCAUGGCUUCUACCAACGAAGAUCGUCUCAAUGAGGAAUCUGUGGAUGAUAUUGAAGAAAUAGAUGAUGCUCAAAAUAAUCAAGAAGAAACGGAGGAGGAAACAGCUAUGCCUGUGCCACAAGUAAAAGUGGGUCCGGAUGGGUCUCUGAUUCUGGAUGAGCAGAGUUUGGUUAUAGAAACUACUGGAGCAAAGAAAAAUAGGGAGGAGUUAGAGAAGUCAGAAGUGAUUGUCGACUCAGGAACAGGCUACGGUCACUACAAAAAGAUUGUGCGGUCUAAGGACUGGUCUGAUCAUGAAACCAAGAAGUUUUACAGAGCUCUUAAUGUAGUGGGCACCGACUUUUCUCUGAUGAAACCGUACUUUCGUAGUCGCACCCGAAGAGAAUUAAAAUUAAAGUUCAAGAAAGAGGAGCGUCUUAAUCCCAAUCUUAUAAAUAAGGCACUUUCUGAACCUCUGGACUUCGAUAUAUCAGAGCUUGAAAAAGAAUGUGAGUUGGAAGAUGAAGAAGAGAAACGUAUGGAAGAGGAGGCAAAGGAAAAAGCAUCCGAAAAAUUGAAGGAAAAGACAGAAAAUACUCAAGACAAAACCAAAAAACGUGCUUCAAAGAAAAAGAAGAAAUGUAUACCACUUGCCGAAAUAGGUUUAGAAACUGAGAACAGCUCAGAUGCAGGAACAAGUACAUCUUAUAAACUGCCAAAGAAAAGGAAAGCUUUAGUCCCUGCAGAUGAGGCCAAUAAUGUGCUAGAAGAAGUACCAUCAUCAGAAAUAGAUUUUGGAGCUGUAAAUGGUUCUGCUGCAGUCCGCAAAAAGACCAAGAUAACUUCUCAAAAGAAAAGGAAGCCUGACUCAGCUGAAGAAGAUUACAAUAUGCUGGCCAUGGGCUUGGACAUGCCUAGCCAACCAAAUGACUGUCCACAGGAGGAGAAAUCAUCUGAGCUCAAUGAAGACAUGGGAAUAUUUGCAGAACCAAAGAACAAACCAGUUUCAGUAAUCAAUAUGAGGAAAGAGCCAGUUGUUAAGCGAGUUAGAACUAAAGCUCCAACUCUACCUCGGAAACCUGCACCAGUUGGCAAUACCCCAUCCCUUCCCUCCAACAGUGCUUCUUCUAGCUCCAACCCUCCAUCAAAUGUUGUUCAGAAAUCUCAAGAGACAAAUUUGAAGGUUCCAUCUACAUCAUUGAGCCCAAGCACCACUGUGGUCCAUUCUACCUCUCAAGCUCCACUUAAAACCAUUACAUUGAGCCCAAGCACCACUGUGGUCCACUCUACCUCUCAAGCUCCACUUAAAACCAUUACAUUGAGCCCAAGCACUACUGUGGUCCAUUCUACCUCUCAAGCUCCACUUAAAACCAUUACAACUUCACCUCAAGCCAUCGCUUCAACUUCUGGUUUCAAACUAAUUCAGUCACCAGGACAGCCUCGGAUUCAAAUUGUUCGUUCACCAGCUGGCUUUAAAGUUGUUCAAACCCCACCUCAGUCUCGGGUUCAGCUUGUCCAAAGUUUGCCUCAAACUACCCCACAAUCUAUGGCAAGCAUAAGAGCUGUUACUCCCAAGACUUACAACAUCAUCAGAAAACCAGGAAUAGGUGUAAGGCCUCUGUCUACAUCUGGAACUACACCCUCCUCAUCUCCAAAUUCAGCUUUGCCAGUCUCUACCUUACUAAACAGAUCAACUUGUUUAGUUUCUUCUCCUGGAGGUAAAUUUGUCCAAUCUCCUCCUCUUCCUCAAAUGAGAACAGUACAAGUUACUCCUCAAAGUUCCUCAAGUGUGUCAGGAUUUGGAUCAACAACUCCUGUAGAUAGAUUGCUCCCAUCAACUCCCUUGCCUCGAAUGGAGCCAGGUUCCAUUAUUGUUUUGAAGACCCCUCUGCCUCAAAAUCCUGACCGACAUGUUCUCCAAGUAUAUAUGGUCACGAAUACACCACCAGGUUCUACAGGUAAUACUGUGCCGCUCUCCCCUCAUGUGCCAGGAAUAAAUAUUCUCUCAGGCCCAACAGUACAACCAGCAAAUUUAAAAUCCCCGAGCAUGUCUGAUGAUUCUGACUGUGAGAAGGUACUGACUACUUUGUAGUUUUCUAUUCCCUUCCUGUACCUAAAUGUAAUUUUUUAAUGUAUACAUAUACUAUAUAUUUUUCUGUUACAUUUUUACAUCAGUUAUUAUGUGUAUGAUUUCUCUCUCCUACAUUAGUAGAUCAAAAUGUACAUAUGACCAAGUGUGAUUGUUAGCUCUUUGUUAUGUCCUUGUUAUGUGAUGUUGGUGCAAGAUUAAAUGUGAAUGCACUGAAGUAAUAUAAAAUUGUAAUUAAAAAAAGAAAUGAAAAAGUU